AUGACUAAUCCCAACAGAAAUAACAAUACUAGUUUCAAACAAGAUGCUUCCGCCAACUCAGCAACAACACCAAGUAUCUCGUCCCCGCUCCCGUCAGAUUCUCUGAUCGACAUGAUCCUUUUGGGGGCAGCAGCACAAGAAACAAAUAUGCCAUUCUUACCACAACCACCAAGGAUGACCCAGCAUAUACUACUCCCAACAACGCCGUCGUUCUAUACUUGGAUGGACGAGAGACAAGAACAGCACCAGAACCUCCAAGAUAUCCUCUCGACGGCGAUUGACAUCAUGGAACAAGAAGAGGCCGUUCCUAUGUUGUUACAUCGAGGGCGCCACUCCUCCAGAGGUGCGCUCCUAGAAUCCCGCAGAUCAAGAUUUUUGAAGGAUUCGAAGAAACAGUAA